UUUUCAGGCAUAGAGGAAUUUAUAAUAUUCCAUUUGAAAAUUAUAUUGCAUUGGCUAUGUUUGUUGUUCACUAUUUUCAAAGAUCUUUGAUUUAUCCAUGGCUAAUCAGAGGUGGAAAACCUACACCUAUUCAUCUUUUUCUACUUGGAUUUAUAUUCGCUACCUGGAAUGGUUAUAUACAAGGAUGCUUUCAUGUUAAAUAUGCUAAUUACGGGAAAGGAUAUUUUUGGACAUUUGGAAGUCUAUUCGGCAUUUUUCUCUUCCUCACUGGAAUGUUCAUUAAUUUACGUGCAGAUUCUAUUUUGCGAACUCUUCGACGCCCUGGUGAAAAAUGUUAUAAAAUUCCUCAUGGUGGUAUGUUUAAAUAUGUAUCUUGUGCUAAUUUUCUUGGAGAAAUUAUUGAAUGGAUUGGUUAUGCAAUUUAUGCUCAAUCAACUGCUUCUUUAGCCUUUGCACUCUUUACCGCUGCCAAUACAAUUCCCAGAGCUAAAUUACACCACAAAUGGUAUUUGAACAAAUUUGAAAAUAAUUAUCCACAAGAUAGAAAAGCAGUUAUUCCGUUUAUUUAUUGA